AUGUAUUGGAAAAAUGAAGUUUUGGCCCCUCUACCUGAGGGAAAUAAAUUUCUAUCCGAAGGAAUUCCCGCGAAACAGGUGAUUUCUCCAGGAACACAGAGUACACCAGGAGCCUCGCUCUGCAUAGAAGCCAAACACGCGCAGAUAAUGUCUCACUCAGAUGGGGAAUCCCACAGGUCGAAUAUGGAAAAGGACGAUGCGCGCUCUUCCCCUAGUCCCCCGUCAACGCCAUCCGUAUGCUCCCCAACAUCAUCUUCAUCCUCUGUGCCCUCAACGGGGAAGAACGUGUGCGCGAGCUGCGGACUGGAGAUUUUGGACCGAUAUCUUCUCAAGGUGAAUAAUUUAAUUUGGCACGUGAGGUGUCUGGAGUGCUCUGUCUGUAGGACGUCAUUGCGUCAACACAGCAGCUGCUACAUCAAAAACAAAGAAAUCUUCUGUAAAAUGGACUAUUUCAGUAGGUUUGGGACAAAGUGCGCCCGCUGCGGCCGUCAGAUCUAUGCCAGCGACUGGGUGCGGCGUGCCAGGGGCAACGCCUACCAUCUGGCCUGCUUUGCCUGCUUCUCCUGCAAGCGGCAGCUCUCCACGGGUGAGGAGUUUGGCCUGGUGGAGGAGAAGGUGCUCUGCAGGAUCCACUACGACACCAUGGUGGAGAAUCUGAAGCGGGCUGCAGAGAGCGGAAGUGGGAUCACUCUGGAGGGCGCGGUGCCUUCUGAGCAGGACAGCCAACCUAAACCGGCAAAAAGAGCACGCACCUCCUUCACUGCCGAGCAGCUACAGGUGAUGCAAGCGCAGUUUGCACAAGACAACAACCCAGAUGCGCAGACGCUGCAGAAGCUGGCGGACAUGACGGGGCUGAGCCGGAGGGUCAUACAGGUUUGGUUUCAAAACUGCAGAGCAAGGCACAAAAAGCACACCCCCCAGCACAGUGGACCCCCCCAGGGCCACCCCCAGUCCCGGAUGCCCCCCUCCCUGCCGGACGACCUGCAUUACUCUCCUUUUGGCAGUCCUGAGAGAGCACGCAUGGUAGCACUGCAUGGAUAUAUCGAGAGUCACCCCUUCUCCGUGCUGACAGCGCAGACCCUCCCCCACCAGGCCAUGGCAUUGCCUCAGCUGCCCCUCAGCCGCUAACAAACCCCCACUUCCACACAGGACUGCCCCUCCCGCAUUUCACCCCCUGACCCCCGGGCACUUAUUUCCCCCGUUGAUCUGACCCUGACCCCAGGAAACCGAAGGUGGCUCUGGCUAAGCAACAAGCAGGAAAGACUUUCCCCACCUCCAGUCGACCACACUCCCCAGGGCUCUCCCCCGCACCCAAGCCCUGCCAGGCAGGAUCUCCCCUGCCCCACGCUGCUCCGGGCAGGAGGAGCUCACCUGCGUCUGGUGUGCCUUGGCUUGGGAUGGGAGAAACUCCAAUGGUCAUACUGGGACAAAGGAGAGUCUACAGCCUCCACACACAAAGCCACAAGGAGUCUACAGCCUCCACACACAAAACCACCUCCCCCUGACUAUGAGCUGCUGAGAUCCACUGUGGCAUCCUGUGCUCUUUCUGUCUCUGACUCCAAGGGGUGAGGAGAGA